AUGCCACCGCAGAAUCCAGGAGACUCAUGGCGAUUUAAUUACGAUACUUUGUGGGAUUUGUUUGACAUGGAAGAAGAAACAGAGGAAGAAAUGGAUUUCUUUGAUGAGUUGGAUAUUCUGAGAGAGUAUGAGUCAUCAGGAGAAAGUAUGCUUGCAGAAAUCCCUAGACCAGAUGGUUCCAAAAAGGUUGAUGUAACCUUAAAUGCCAUUGCUGAUGAAAAAGCAAGGCUGAAAAAGGAUAUGGAGGCAAAGGGUAAAUCAAGGUUUGAGCAGGAGAAGAAAGUUUAUAUGGAGAUGGAAGUGCAGGGUAUUUCUGAGCCCAAGGAUGAGGAAAGUCCUAAGACUAAAAGAAAACAGUCCACUAGAAAAGUGAGACAACCCAAAUCCAUACCUUCUAGACUCACAAAACACACUCCUCAAACUCCCAAAAGCUCCUCACAUCAAACCUCCAAACCAACAGAUGUUAAAUCACUUGUUGUAUCAACAGCUGUUGGUACUUCAGUGGUUUCAACAGAUGUUACACCAACAACUACCACCACUACCACUUCAACAUACACUCAAUCCACUGUCUUACCAAAAACCACCACUACCACCACCACUUCAAACACCACCUGCCACAGUGCAGAAGACAACAGUUGA